UAAAUAGCCAACAUGGCGUGUAUAGUUAAUAUGUUGGUUAGUUUAGUUUGAAAAAAAAAAAAAGUUUACUUGUCGGCGGUUCGUGUUUUUGGUGUUUAAUGAGUUACUAACUUUUAUUUUGUAAAAGCAACAGCGCAGUGCAAAAGUUGAUAUGUGAUGUGUGUGUGAUGUGUCAGACUUAUCUACGAAAGAAAUGUAAAUUCUGAAGGUUCACUUUGUUGGAUAGGAAUAUGCCAACUAAAGCAUCCAAGAAAGUUGUUGGAAUGAUUAUAAGGAGCAGAAAAACAAUUAUGAAGGAUGGCGUAAUGACGACUUCAGGAAUUGGAGAGCCCAGCAUAUACCAUGCCCUUGUUGUCAUAUUUCUGGAAUUCUUUGCAUGGGGACUUUUGACUAUGCCCAUUAUUUCUGUUCUCAAUGAAACAUUUCCAGAUCACACAUUCCUUAUGAAUGGACUAAUUAUGGGAAUUAAGGGGUUUCUGUCUUUUCUAAGUGCACCAUUAAUCGGUGCACUGUCUGAUGUUUGGGGCCGGAAGUUUUUCCUACUAAUAACAGUAUUUUUUACCUGUGCACCAAUACCACUGAUGACUAUCAACACAUGGUGGUUUUUUGCCAUGAUCAGCAUAUCAGGGGUUUUUGCUGUAACAUUCUCGGUCGUGUUUGCCUAUGUUGCGGAUGUUACAGAAGAGCAUGAACGAAGUCUUGCUUAUGGCCUUGUUUCUGCAACAUUUGCAGCAAGUAUGGUUAUCAGCCCAGCAUUGGGAGCGUAUAUGAUGGAUGCCUACAGUGAAAAUUUAGUUGUUGCAUUGGCCACAGCAAUAGCUAUACUUGAUGUAUUUUUUAUUCUUGUGGCUGUUCCUGAAUCCCUUCCAGAAAAAGUCCGACCAUCAUCGUGGGGUGCACCUAUUUCUUGGGAACAAGCUGAUCCAUUUGCAGCACUUCGUAAGGUUGGCAAGGACCACACCAUACUUAUGCUGUGUGUGACAGUGUUUUUAUCGUACUUACCUGAAGCUGGACAGUAUUCAUGCAUUUUUGUUUAUCUCAAAUUGGUGAUGGAUUUUAGUGUUGUAAUGGUCGCUGUCUUUAUUGCCACAGUGGGUAUACUGUCUGUUGGUGCGCAGAUAAUUUUAGGAUUCCUAAUGCGUUCUUUGGGCAGUAAGCACACAAUUAUUGUUGGUCUUGUGUUUGAAAUGUUGCAACUAAUGUGGUACGGAUUCGGCUCACAAACAUGGAUGAUGUGGGCCGCUGGGGUCCUGGCUUCAAUCUCUAGCAUCACAUAUCCUGCUAUUAGUGCCUUUGUAUCAAUGCAUUCUGAUGCAGACAAACAAGGGUUAGUACAAGGAAUGGUAACUGGAAUGAGAGGGCUUUGUAACGGCCUCGGACCUGCAAUGUUUGGUGUAAUAUUCUACCUCUUUCAUGUUGACUUAAAUGAAGAUCCUUCAAAAAUAAGAUCUGAACGUCCUAUUAAUUUGGGAGAUAAUGGUACCACAGGACAGAUGCACGAUUCUUUACAACCUUUGGUUCCUGGUCCACCAUUUGUUUUUGGUUCCUUUUUGGUGAUCUGUGCUUUGCUGGUAGCAGUUUUCAUUCCUGAGGGUAACUCUAUGGGUUCCAACCUUCGAACUAAUUCACGGAGACAAUCUGGUCUUUCAAUGGAGGUGCAUUAUGAAGUAGAGCGUAGCAAAAAGCACGAUGGAGUGAGUCCUCUGUCACCACUUGUUGACAAUUCUGCCAUCCUGUAGCAUAAGUGAAAGAAAAAGAUGAUGGCUUUGGUGCAAGGACUAGUACUGUUUCUUUGAUUUUACAGAAGAUAAAUUGUUUGUCUGUUUCCAAACACAUAAAAUUUUGUUGUAUCACUAUCCUGUGUACAGUAUUCGUAUUGAAUACUACACUACAUGUUAAUUGUAAUUGUUUUCUGUCUUGUUUGUGUUAAAAUAAUGAAUACAUAUUGUGUUCGUUA